UCAGUAUAGCUGUACGCUUCGUAGAACAGAAAGGUUUCGGAUUCGGUUCCAGGUAUAGCAAAUAAAAACUCAUAACUUUUACAAUUAUCAAUCGAUAAAAUUGUUACUAUCGUUUUUUAAUCGGAAUGGUGCCUCGAAAAUUAUGAAUAAUUGUUUUACUCGCACUGAACGAUUACUAAAGUUAACAAUUUUUCAGACUACAAAUACUAGUGAAGUGUUGUUCGUUUAUACGCCGAAUUAAAGUGUGUGAGAUGAAAAAUGAGAAUCACACAUUGAGAGUGUUGGACUUGUCGCAGGUUUGAAAGGAAAUUGUCUUCGAUUGGAAUGUAGCUUUUAAUGGAUGUUUGAGAAAGUGAGACAUCCGGAAUGGAAGAUUCUAACAAGGAACCAACCGGUGAUCCACCGGUUCAGUCAAAGUGAGAACUUCAAGCUCUUGGUAAUCCGUCACCGUCCUUCCCAUGAAAACAGACGCUACACUGUCUCGAAACAACGAAUGCGUAACGCGGUAAAAUAGUAACGUAACUAGUAAGACAAGGAAAACUGAUCGAAAUGUUGAAUACCUAGUGUUCAGUCGCUGUAGUUUAGAGACUGACUAUCACUCAAAUGGACUCGUCGCAGGGCAAUCUAGCGCCCGGCCAAGAGAUACGAGUCGUCAGCGCGUCGGUGGUAGCGCAACUGCAGGCCCAAGGAUUACAGGGAAAUGAGCUCAAUGCGGCUAUCAUGGCUGCAUCGCAGCCGCAAAAUGCAAGCCAGCAAGCUAUGCAGCAACAGCAGAUUCAACAACACCAGCAACAGCAGCAACAACAGCAACAGCAACAACAACAGCAGCAGCAACAACAGCAGCAGCAGCAACAUCAGCAAGCUCAGGCGGCACAACAACAACAGCAGCAGCAGCAACAGCAACAACAACAACAGCAACAGCAGAACCAGCAGCAAUUACACCUUCAGCAGGUGCAACAGCUGGCCCAGGUUCCGCAACAGCAACCGCAGGUGAUCACGCUGCAGCAGUUGCAGAACUUUUUGCCCCAGCAUCAGCUGAAUACUAUCACCACCUCCGAUGGGACACCGGUGCAGGUGUCGACGUCAUCGGCCACCACAACUCCGGUAGGCACACCGGUCAAAACAUUCGUGACUUCGCCACCGCAGAUGCAGCAGCCGCAGAUUUUAAACCUGCAGGGAAUGCCGCAGCAGUUCUUACAGAGUGGACCAAUAAUCCAAAACCCGAACGGAUUGUUUCAAAUGAUACAACCAGUUCAAACGAUCAACGUUGACGGGCAGGAGACGUUGUUCGUUCCGGGUGGAAUCCAGGGAGGCCAGCUGGCAGGAGCGCAGGCCGUUCAGAUCAACGGUCAGCAGGCUUUCAUCACUCCGUCCGGGCAGUUGAUACGAGCUCCGAAUGGUGUCGUUCCGGCGAACUUUCUGCAGAACAUGACGCAGGCUGUGCAAUUACCUAACGCUGGUCAGGCUACGCUUACUAUCCCCGGAACUAAUAUAACAAUCCCUUUGGGUACGACUAGUACGGCAAAUGUUCUAGCGCAACAUCAACAGCAACAGCAGCAGCAGCAGCAGCAACAACAGCAACAGCAAGCUGUUGUAGCUGCUGCAACUCAGCAGCAUAAUCAAUCUCAAGCUCAGCAGCAACAGCAACAGCAAAAUCAACAGCAGCAACAAGUUCAGGCGCAGCAACAGCAGGUUCAACACCAGCAACAGCAGCAGCAACAACAGCAACAAACGCAACAAGUGCAAAUUCAGGCACAACAGCAAGCGGCUGUCGCUCAGCAGUUGCAACAGGUUCAGCCUACUACGAUAACGAUACCGGGUACCAACAUACAAGUACCCACAUCGGCUGUAACUCAGAACAUUUUGCCUAAUAACAUAACCACCAUUAAACUGGAAGGAGGUCAAAACGUUCAAGUUCGGCCGGCAAACGCAAUGCCACAGGUCGUCCAGUUCCCAAUGCAGCAGACAAUUCCCGUGCAGAUGCCGAUCUCUACCGGCAACGGUCAAACUGUGUAUCAAACCGUCCAUGUGCCAAUUCAAGCAUUCGGCUCGGCAUUAGUUCAGCCGCAGAUGCAAGUGAUACCGCAGAUUCCUCAGGUAGCUAACAUCAUCACACCGAGCGGUCAAAUCCAGCAAGUUCAGCUAACAUCGCUGAAUCCGUUAGCUGGAUUCCAGGCGGCUCCAACUCCCCAGAAUAUAAUUCUACAGCAACCACAAAACCUAGCACAACCUACCGCUGCAACCAAUGCGGCAAGUCCACUUGUAUCCUCACUCCCCGCUGGAAGUGUUCAGUCCAGUGCAACGCAGGAUAACAAUUCCCAGCAACCACCGCAACAGGCGCAACCUCAAGCGCAACCGCAGCCGAUUACAAUAGCAGGUCCUCAUGUCGGCCAGCAGAUCACGGUGAUCCCUUCGAACUCCCUCCCGCAGCUCCGGCAGAAUGCAGCCAACAUCAUACAAAUGCCGAACAUCCCCGGUCUCCAGGCCAUCCCGGUGCAAAACAUUCCGGGAAUCGGAAACGUACAGGUGAUCCCGACAAAUUUCAUGCAACCGGUUCAACCGCAAACAGCGGCGUCGCAGCCUCAGUUGAACCCGGUCAAUCAAGUAGGGCAAACUAUAUCCCUUCAGCAGGCAGCGGCGCAUCCAUUAUCAAGUAUAAAGCAGGAUCCAAGCGACCCCGGUAAGUGGUACAUCAAGCAGGAAGCGAUUCCUAUCCAACCGCAACCGGUCCCUGUGGCCUGCAGCGGGAGCAACGGUACCAGUGGCAGUGGCACCAGUGUGUCCUUUCCCGCCAUGCAAACGACGGCGACUGUGAGCAGCAAUAUUCUUUCAGUGGCGACUUCGCAACCGCAGGUUGUUAGUGCCACCGGCGGCAGCAGCAGCAACACACACGCCACCCAUCAUCACCAUCAAGUGAAGGGCGAAAUCGUCAACCCAACCACGCAAACCUCGGUGAAUGUGAACAUCAGCGUAGGAGACGGUGGCGAUCAGACUCCGAAGCAACGUGUCCGCAGGGUAGCCUGCACGUGCCCAAACUGUGAAACCAAGGGCGAAGGACCACCGGAUCGGAAGAAGCAGCACAUUUGUCACGUGAGCGGGUGCAACAAGGUGUACGGGAAAACGUCACAUCUGCGAGCACAUCUACGGUGGCAUACGGGUGAGCGGCCCUUCGUGUGCUCCUGGAUGUACUGCGGUAAACGGUUCACUCGUUCCGAUGAGCUGCAGCGACACAGGCGUACCCACACCGGCGAGAAGCGGUUCCAGUGUCCCGAGUGCAACAAGAAGUUCAUGCGCAGUGACCACCUGUCCAAGCACAUCCGAACGCACAAUAAACUGAAGAAGGAUCACGUCCGCUAUCUGCUCGAGUUGGGCGAUUCGGUGAAAUCGGGUGGGCUCAGUGAUGAGGGCGAAGACGACUUUUAUUUGGCUGACGAGGAUUUGAAAGAUGACGACGAUGAUGAUGACACGUUGGAUAAUCCUUCGACUCCUGUCAAACCGAAGCUGGAACCGGGCGUGUGCACUUCUGCCGCUUCCGGUGGUACUUCCACUGCCGUAACCAUGACCGGUACCACUUCGGUUCCCACCAUGGGGUUGAUGGUAGCCGGUGGUCCGGCACCCGGCACCGUUCAACCGGUGGCUGUUACGAACGGUUCUAGUACUGGGAUUGUGUGGAUUACGUCUGCCCCUUUGAUCGGCCUCCAACAUCCAACGGCAGCUCCGCAGCCUGCAACUUCGGUGCCGCCACCACCACCUCCUCUGUACAGCAUUAAACAGCUCAACAACACGCAGGAAGUCGCCAACUCUGCACAAUCGGCCUCCUCGGACAGCAACGACAGCUCGGACGAAAAGAUGAUGAUUACCCUCGGCAACGACGACCAGGAUCAAUCGAUCGAGUCCAACUAGCAUAUCGAAACGCUGUCCAUACAUCAAUUUGCAUCUUUCGAUAGCUGUAGAUUACCGUUUGGGCAGUUUCAGACGAACUUUUAAGGCUUUGAUUUCCCGGUACAAAAUCGGUGGGAAUGAUGUUUGUUUACUCACCCCUUACCACGUGACUUGUAUACUAGGUUAGUAGUAAAUUAUUUUUUCUCUAACAAUAGCCCUUCUUCAAUGUCUUCGUUUUGAACCAUAAACGGACAUUCAGUUUACUCAUUGAAUCAAUACAAAAAGGUAAUCUCUUUAAAAUUUGAAAAAUUUAAUACUAUGCUUUGUCUCACCGAUUUUGCACACAUAAAUUCGUUGUAAAAAAAACAAUUUGAUUUACCUAUAGGAAAAUCAAGUUAGAAUCAAUCUAGGCAUAUUUCGGUAUCAAGAAACUAUCCUUUAUAAAAAAAACCGAAAAAUGGUCUGACUGCGAGGAAUCACUACUGUUCUUGAUGGAACCCCGAAUAAAGAAGGACGGAUAUUAUUUUCACUACUUUACUACGAAUAAUCAUCCAACUCAGCGCAGAAAUCUAAAAUUAGCCUGUAAAUGUGGCGAAAUAGUUUUUGAAUCCGUAGUCUAAAUGUUGGCCUCCCCUCUUUGUAAAAAUAAAACUCGAUUUCAGAAAAAAAACUAGCCCUUCUUGAUGUUCGUAUAUACAUAAAGACUUAUUCGUAUAUUUAUAAAUAUAUUUAGACUUAUACUUUGGAUAAUUUUAGGUGUUUCCCCUCCUAGCCUAAGUUAGGGUAAAUAUGUUUACGCACUAAUUCUACACAUUGGUUUAACUUAUUUAGUCGAAUAAAUUGUUGGUUUUACUUACUUGUUCUUUGCUCUUGCUUCGGUGAAUCAAAUCAAAAGAUUUUUAGAUGAAACAGGAAAUAUUACGUACCUUGACGAUAUGCUGAUAAACUGAUUUUAGAUGUGUCUCUCCACACGAACUCUGUCGAUAUGGAAUUAUUUUAAUGACUGUAACAUAUUUUACUGUAUUUGCGUCUGUACCGUGAAUAGAUCGAAAACAAUAAUAAAUUUAAAACACCAUUUUA